AUGUCGAGGGAUUGGCAGAGGACAUUUAUCACACUGAUACCUAAACGACAGGAUGCUACUGAGCCGGGGCAUUUUCGGCCGAUCAGUUUGUGCUCGACUUUGUACAAGGCUACGACGAAGAUACUUGCAGUCAGAUUGAGGGACAUUCUUCCGAGGUUGAUCAGUCUGGAGCAGGGAGCCUUUUUGGGUGGGCGGAGUAUUACAGAUAAUGUGCUUAUUGCUCAGGAGUUUAUGUUUGAUCUUCGUAGGGCCCCGAUGAGGAGGAGCCUGAUGGGGAUUAAGCUUGACAUGGAGCGGGCUUAUGACAGGGUGAGAUGGGAUUUUUUGCAGCAGUCUUUGCAGGGGUUUGGGUUUCCCGAGAUUUGGAUUAGUUGGGUGAUGAGUUGUGUGCGGUGUCCCUCCUUCGCCAUCCUGGUGAACGGCACUCCAUCCCGCUUCUUUGAGUCUAGCCGAGGGUUGCGCCAGGGUUGCCCUCUUUCUCCUUUGCUCUUCACGGUGUGCGCAGAUGCGCUCUCCAGGCUUCUUAGACAUGCUACAUCCACACAGGAGUUAGAGGCCUAUAGGCCGGCAGAGGGGGCAGUGUCGAUCUCUCACAUUCUUUAUGCUGAUGAUUGUUUAUUUCCGAAGACGAGAGUGGCAGCGAAGCAUUCCAUUCUGGAGAUUUUGGGGGUGGGGGAGCAGGUGGGCAUAUUGACAUACUUGGGGAUCCCGAUCUCAGGGCAGCGGCUUCGCAGUAGGGACCUUACCUUUUUGGAGCUUAGUAUCAGACAGAGACUGGAGGGCUGGCAGAGACUCACACUGUCGAUGAUGGGGAGGAUCACCUUGGUUCGGUCAGUUCUCUCGGCGAUUCCGACUUACUUCCUCUCUAACUCUCUUAUCCCUAUGGAGGUCCUGAGGACUAUUGAGCAGCUCUUUAGGGACUUCAUCUGGGGGGGGAGUGGUGGCAGAGGCGGUAUACAUCUGGUUGCAUGGGAGGUGGUGUGCCAGCCGACCAGGGCUGGAGGAUUGGGAUUGCAGUCCAUGGUGGUGAGACGGGAGGCGUUAGCGGCACUUCAUGUAGCUAGAUUCAUGCUAGAGCCUGACAGUUUGUGGUCUUCAUUGAUGAGGGCCAAAUAUGGGGCCCUAGUUCCGGGGAUUCGGGCAGGACGACACCAUUCGCCGGUCUGGAGGGAGAUGUGUGCCAGAGCUGUGCAGGUGCUUCCGGAGAUUACAUGGUCUAUUGGGGAUGGUCGGUCGAUAGAUGUUCUGGCGGACAGAUGGGUGACUGAGCAGCCGAUUAGUCUUCUGCCGACUCUGGUGGACUCGGCGAGAUUGGUUGGAUGUAGAGUUUGUGACUUAUAUGACCAGGCUGGGGGUCAGUGGAGGGAGGGGCUGGUUCGGGAGACUUUUGGAGAGCAGCUGGCAGAGGCGAUUCUGGCUUUACCGGCUCUUUUGCGGGAGGAGUCAGAUAGGAAUGCUGGCAUUUUUGAGGGUCGGAGGAUUUCAUCGAGGAUGGUGGUUGAUAGAGCUCUAUUACAGGUUGGGGAGGUCACGGCAGCCUCAGCGGUAUUCACUAGUGAGAUGGCUAGGGACAUCUGGGGCACUUCACCCGCUUUUACAGCGCCCAGGUUCGCCCUCGUCUCUUGGGUGCCCCCACCCCUUGGUCAUCUCAAAGUGAAUUUCGAUGGGAGCAUGAUGAUGGAUGGUGUAUUUGGAGGGGUUGGAUUUGUGAUCAGGGACUCCUGGGGUAGGAUGGUGGCAGCAGGGGGUCAGCGCACGAUGGGUCUCUCAGUUGUUGGGGCUGAGCUUCGAGCUGCAUGGGAGGGUUUGUCUUUUGCGAAGAGAGUCCUUGGUGCCGAGUGGGUGCUACUGGAGGGGGAUUCCUCUGUGGUGGUUGAUUGGAUCCGAGGUGUGGAUAGAUAUGGGGAUGGUCAUCCCCUCAUUAGAGAGAUUCGGAGACUGGCUCAGGAGUUCGGUGGCUUCCAGGUAGCCCACGUAUAUCGGGAGGCGAACAGGGCAGCAGACUGGGUCGCCUCCUUCGUCGCACGACACUCUGGGGAGUUCCUUUGGACAUCUGUAGGAGAGAUUUCUUCAGAUUUGUACUCUUUACUUUAUCGUGAUCUGGCAGGAUAUCUUUGGAUCAAAUGCCAGCCUGACUCUCAUGGGAUAACCAUCCAUUGUCCGUGA